UUUUCAGGCCCAGUCAUCACGGCAGAGGUGGGUGAUACCCUGUUAGUGACCUUUGCCAACAAAGCUGACAAGGUCUAUAGCAUUUUGCCCCACAGCGUGAUCUAUGACAAGGCAUCUGAUGCAGCCCCAAACCUAGAUGGAUUUGUGAAACCAGGGGCACAUGUUAAACCAGGUGAAACCUUCACAUACAAGUGGACAGUGCCUGAGAGCGUAAGCCCAACUGCUGGUGAUCCUCCCUGUCUGAUCUAUCUUUAUUUCUCAGUAGUUGAUCCAAUUAAGGACACCAGCUCUGGCCUGGUAGGGCCUUUGCUAGUCUGUAAAAAGGGCGCCCUCAAUGCUGAUGGGACACAG